GUAAUAUUAUUUUCACUGCAAAACAAGUUAUACAAUGAACAAUGUGAUACAUUCAGUGCAUAAAUCUUCAUCAUAAUAAUGCUGCCUCAGCAGUUAUCAGUGUAAUAAAAAAAAGUAAAAGAUGUUAAAAUAAAUUGGGGCAAGAGUACUUUCCCUUAUAAACAAAGAAGAGAAUUAUGAAAUAGUUUAUUGAAGAUGUUUUCUUUUAACUUAUUUCAGAAACCUAAAUAUAUUGCCACUACAUACAAGAAUGAAUAAUAAUAAUAUUAAUGUUAUAAGCUUUUUUUUAAAUCAGUUAGUGAGUUUAAUACUUGCUCAUGAAUAUAAGACUUAAUUAGAAGACACAACUUUAUGGUUUUAGAGAUUAUCCUGUAUGCCAAAACAACUUACAUGAUAAAUUUAGAUUCUAAUCAACAUCAAUAAUUAAAAUUGAAAUAAAACUCUUACAUGUUCUCACUCGUGUAACCAGAAUAAUUUCACUUUCCACUAAAAUGAUGAUUCUUAUAUUUUAUGUAGGUCUGUUAGAAAAUGUCAAAUACACAGGUACACUUACAAAAAAAGACAUUUAAAUUACUUUACAAGUAAUAUUCAAAACCAGUUUAGGUCAUUUUGUGUAUACUUCAUGACAUGUUUUUAUUUUUUAUUUAGUUAAUAACAAAAUGAAUGAAAAUGACCAGUUACUGCAAAGCAAAGAUUUCUGGAACAAUUUUUAUAAGAGUGUUGUAGUAAAACAACAGUGGAAAUCUGAAAUACAAGCAGAUGGUGAUGAUAAGAAGUGGAGUCAGUUGAAGGACAAUAGUGACCACUGGUCCAUUCUUGUAUAUGAAGCAUGUUGGGAGUUGAGUCACAGAAUAGAAGGCCAUGGGGUAAUGGAAUUUCAGAGGUUGGGACUAAAGACUGUUCUCAUGGACUAUAUUUUGCAUUUACAUUACUUCCAGCUGGUGGCAUCACUAAUGCAACAAAAGGGAUUGGGAGUAGAUGUGAAAGGUCAUAACAACUCAAACAUUCAUGACAUAGACAAGUUGGACCCUUUGAUGCUUGCUGGCUACACACACAGAUUUGUCAACAACCAAGAAACUGCUUUGUGGAAAAGUUGUUUGCAAAGUCACCUAACCAACAACCCACAUCAUGAAACCCAUCCAAUAUGGCACCAAGACUUUUGUCCUCAGACAAGCUUACUUAAAAACAACUGCAGUCAUUGCAAAAAUGAAAGAGAGAAAGCUUUGAUUGAGAUGAUAUGUGAUAAGGUAUCUCGUAGAGUGCAGAAAGAGCUACAAGGUAAAAUGGAUGACAAAAUGUGGGACAUUGAACUUUACUGGUUUUCACAACUUCCUCUACAGUGGCAAGAACAUGUGGAUAAAAUUUUGCAGCAAAUGAAAAUAAGAUAAAUAUAAUACCAAAAUUAAGUUUUUUAUAUGAAAAUGUCGGAUUUGGACAUAUUUAAAUAAGAGAUCAAAUGCAUUAAAUUAUAAUCCAUUUGUUUAAA